ACGCGGAAAUGAAAUGAGAACAGAUCUCAGAAGCGAUUCUGCGUCGGCACGUCGCAGGUCCAGUGGCGAUGACCUGUGGGCUUUUCCUUUUGCAGAACAGAGGGGGGAAAACGUCAGCUCAGAGAACGCUGAAGUGUGAAGAUGAAGUGUUCAAAUUGUGGCCAUAAUAUUUUGGAGAAGAGAGCCAAGUUCUGCAGUGAGUGUGGCCAGAAGCUGUCUGUCCCACCCGCAAACGCACAGGAUGCAGAAAGUCAGCCCAAAUCCUUGGUAGCAGACUUGAAAGACACAACUGAGAAAUCAGUGUCACAAAAUGUCCCACCUGAGGACAGCAAAGAAUCCCAUAAAUUACCCAAACGACCUAAUGAAGAGACCAUCAUCAACCCAAAGAAAAAGAAAAAAAAGAAGAGGAAGAACAAAAAGAAGAAAGAUGGCAAUGUGUUGUCAGACCAGGAUCAAAGCCUCUCUGACCUGUCAUACGUCUUUGUGGGUGACAACCAGAGGAAGAGGACGCAGGGCGAAAUGGACUCUUCUGACAGUGAAAGCUCAAACAAUGCAAUGGAUGAAACACCAGACUCACUCCAAGAUGAGUUCUGCUCAAUGGACAGCCAGCCUAGUUCCACAGCAGCUGCACCAUCAGCAGGCACACAAGAAACUCAGUGUGAAAAGACUGCUACCCCAGUAGAGGCACAUACAGCGAGUCAGGCAGAGGAAGCUCCAGGUAACUGCAAUGAGGAAGAGAGCAAUGCACAAAAAUCAACUCACGAUCAGACACUCAAGACAGCACCAGCUGACACUCCGACUCAACAUCCCACCUCCGAGGACAGCAAGAGUAUGACUCCUCAGUCAGGUUCAGGUUCAGGUAAAGGAACGAAGGCCACUAACCCUAAAGAUCAAAAGACUGACAGGAAAGACUCAAAGAAAGGCACAGUCACCACUAAACAACCUACACUGGACCAGAAUGCUAAUGUGGAACCAAAUGUGAGACAGACGGGACAAACCAAACAGAAGGGAAAGAGUCAGCAGGUCCAGAAACAGAAGCAGACUGUGGCAACUGAACAAAAGAUGGUUUUUGGCCCUCAAACGUCAUCAAAGACUGACAACAUAGGCUCCAGUGUGGACCCGGAGGUAGAGGACAUGGUGGUUCAGCAGUCUGGAGACGGGCAGGACUCGACUCCAGCACAAACCUCAGAUGGAGAGAAGGGAACUAAAGAUGCCAGUGAGGAUAACACUGAAUCCAGCACCCUAGCUGGCCCACCACCCAAAAGGCUGAUCAGGAACCAGACCAUUGCUGCACGUGACAGACUCACAAUUUACUUCCAUGCUGUUCUCUCAAAGGAUUUCAGUUUUAAUCCAGAAGAAGAUCAUAUCUUCAUUAGGAUUGGGUCUCCCCUAGGGACAUGGGAGGAAAAUGCAGCUGAGCUGUUUGUGACCAGGGAUUUUGGAGAUCAUGGUUUUCUUGUUGAGGGCAGCCUGGCAACAAUCAAAAGUAAAGCUGUAUCUGAAUCAAUACCGUACAAAUAUAUUGUCUAUAAAAAGGGCAAAUACGAGUUUGAGUUCAUAUACAAAUUGGAUUCUGCGCACAAAAUUACCAACAGAUGUUUGUUUGUGAAGUCCCACCUCCUCAGUGAAGAAGGGGACUGGCAUCAGUAUGACGACAUCAUCUGUGCCCAGCCAUCAAAGAACAUGCUCAAACGCUUUAAAGACCAACUGAAGAACAUUAAAGAUUCCAUCUGGCCUGAACAAAGGAAGAACCUGAUUCAAGGCAGAGAGAUUGCAGGGAAUAUUAUGCUGGAGACCAUAUUUGAUAUUCUCAGGAGCUGGAGUGAUACCAAUUUGAGAAGUUUUCAGAUCCAACUGAAUCAGUUCUUUCAGGUUUAUGGGGAACCUUUUGUUUAUGAGGAGACGCAAAAGAAAUGGUACUCCUUAAACUACGGAAAAGAUGAUGUGAGGAAGAUGCUAAAGGAGUUCAUGCUGACAAACAUAAUUCCUCAGUUGCUGAGGGAUGGAGAUGGGAAGAUGCCCUACAUUCAGGACCGCUUGAGGGCAGCUGUGAUCGUUCUCUGUGUAUGUAAACAGUAUGUUAUCGUACUACCUGAUGCUGAGCUUCGUCGGCUCUGCACUGCGCUGUGCCUGCCCAAACUAAACAAAGAAGAUUUCCUUCAGUACUGGGCAGAUUUUUCAAAGGAUGCCUCUGUUCUGAAAAAUCUGCCAGAAAACUUGGUGUCUCUGAUAAAAGCUGUGAAAUCAGCGGGAAUGCCUCAAUGGAUUCUGGCACUACCACUCCUCCACCUCGUCAGAGGCACCACAAAGCCCUUUCAAGUGCCGUCUUCUGGAAACUUGAAGUACGGCCCAUCUUGGGCAGGUUUGCAAGGCCUUGAAAUUGGUGCCUCAACAUCAUACAUUAACAGUCAACAGAAGACGGAUCUGGUGAAUGUCAUGAAAAGCCACAGUUACUUGAUGGAGGUGGAUCCACUUUUGGUGCGAUCCUGCUUGUACCUGAUGUCAAUCGAUGAACUGGUGAGGUGUAUCAACAACUUUAACACUGAGCUUUUGGACGUGCUUCAUGUUUUCACUAACAAAGUUCCUCAGGAUAUUACCUCCAGCAACGUCCAGAUAGUAUCUGACAUUCUCUCACAUAUCCAAGGGACACUCAUUGAAGAAAAAUACAGUUAUUUUACUGAGGCUUAUAGGAGAGAGUGCCUGGCAACAGCAGUGAAACUCUUAGAGAAGAUCUGCAAAGGAGUCAAACCAGGAUCAUACACCCAGGACUUCCCUGAUGUUCCUGUAGCCUGCAUGAAUCUGGUUGCAUCAGUCUCAGACUUUGUUCACAGUAAAAAGCUGCAGGAGACUCAAGAAGGGGACAAGGAGCAGAAAUAUGCAAAAGACAUGGUGAUCUCUCAGGCAAUGAGCAUUAUGAGAGACUGGAUCAGUCGGUCCUUCAGACAGAGUUUGCUCAACAGAUCAUUUAUGCACCAAAUUAGAGCCACAGAGGAGACUGAAAUGUGGAACAACAUUAUCUCAAUCCACUUCAAAGAUGAAGACUGCACAAAAGAGUGGAGACAGACGUUCACAAUGGAUUUUGAGGGCAAGUACAAACAGGAAUCUGCUCUGGAUCAAGUUGAGUUCUACUGCACAAAGAUUGAGGAACUCAGUCGUUCCCAUCCACAUGUUGCUGCCAGUAUUGAGAAGUGUGCUCUUGAGGCUGUUACAUCUUUGUGCCAGACCAAGUCUGAGGGCAAACUGUUUGAGAGGUUGGAGAUAAACUGGAAAUUUGGGAAGCUCAUCUCCACCAUUAUCCAGAAAUCCUGGCCAAGGGACCAUCAAGGAAACUAUCAGGAAGAUGAAGAAGUGGUCCUUCAGCACCUCCUCUCCUGGACUGCCGCCAAAGACAUUUUCCAACUAUAUGGCGGAGAAGAAAAGCUGUUUGAGAAUCUCUCUCUAGAUGCCAGGGACAGGCUUGCUAUAGCCAUUUCAUCCUUCACAGCCAUCCGCCAUCAACUGGUCCAAGGAGAUAUUAAGAUCAGCCUGCUCAAUAUCAUUAUGAAGAGGAGAGACGCCUUCUUAAAACUGCUCAAAAUUGAUUGCCUCUCUGAGAAUGAGCAAUACAAAGAUAAUGCCAAAAUGAGGAGGCUGUUACAGUGGAGACAAGAUGAAGUGAAAGCUGUGUACCAUGAGAAGGAGCUUGUGGAAAUCUUCUUAACAAUGAGCCACAAACUUAAGGAACAUAUGACAGUUGAUGUUGCCGACAUGGAAGAGAGACAAAAGGUCAACAUUGAGAUCAUGCCCCUGAACCAUUUCAUGGAGGUUCAUCAGUUUGAUCAAAUGCCCUCUCAGAUGUCUGGUGUUGUCACCUACUUCAAUCUGGAUGAAGAAAUCAGAGAAAUGGCAGAGGUCCUGUACACCUUCAAAGACAGUUAUAUAUUCAAAGUGUGUUGGGAGCAACGUGCCAAACUCCUAGCCACUGAAGAAAUGGAAGAAGACGAUCCUGAUGAACAAGAAGUAGUGGACAUUAUGGCAACACCGGAAACUAUACACAAUGACAUUUUCGUGCAUUGCUAUGAUGAUUACAAAAACAUCUACACCUGUCUGAAGAACGGCAGUAUAAGGCUUGAAGAGGUCAACCAGCUCUUCAAAGUGUACAGGGGCAAGUAUGAAGAGCUUGCACAGGACCUGGACAUCAUGUGCAGAGUUGAUAAAUCAAACGACAAACAGUGGAUCCACAGCAGGGUUCAACAGAUCGAGCAGUAUCAUGAGCUUCAUCUAGCUGUGGCUUCAGCUCAAAUCAUCAUGAUGGUCAAAGAGACACUUGGUCUUAAGGGGGACUUCAGGGUUCUGAAGACUCUCACAGAAGCUAGUGAAGCAGACUUUCAAAAAGAGCAGCUCAGUCGGAUUGACAAUGACUUGAUGCAGGCAAAGAAGGUUCUGGUGGACAUCACUGAGCCCCGCAGACUGUGCCUGAAGGAGCUGGGACUCAGAGGACACUUUGUAAAAUGGGUGAAGGAUGCACUUGAAGAUAUCAAUGAGUUGAAGGUGUUCGUUGACCUGGCUUCCAUCUCUGCGGGAGAGAAUGACAUGGAAGUGGAUCGUGUCGCUUGCUUCCAUGAUGCGGUCCUUGGCUACUCUUCAGUGCUUUAUGAGCUCAAACCAGACUCUGGUUUUCCUGCCUUCAAAGAAGUGCUUGAGAAGCUCUGGAGGGCUUUGGAGAAUGACAGCAACCUACCGAAAAAACUGCGGGACAGUGCACGUCAUUUGGAAUGGCUGAAGACCGUGAAGGACAGUCAUGGGUCAGUGGAGCUGUCGUCUCUCUCGUUAGCAUCAACCAUCAACAACAAGGGUAUCUACCUCAUCAGCGCACAAGGUGUAAAAAUGUUGAGUCUUGACACUGCCCUGAAGCUGCAGAUUCCAGAGGAGCAUGAAGAGGGUCAGCAGAUGCGCUGCUAUUCUCUCGAGGACCUCCGGGAGCUGCAGAACAAACUCAUGCUUAUGUCUGGGAAAGGGGAUCAAGGAAAGAAUGAAGUUGAUCACUUUUCAGAGGUUUUUGCCAGUGUUCAAAGACUAGCUGAGGCAUUCAUUGCCCUCUAUGCUGCUGGGAAUCCUCUGUUCAGAUGCUGGGAAGCGCAAAUCAACUGCUGCUUGACAAGCAAGGAACCUAGCAUAAUAAUGGACUUCAACCUGGGCAGUGUUCUCAGUGCUGUCAUCGUGGAGGGCAGCAUAGAGGAGCAACUCCCUGACCUUUGCAGGAAAAUGGAGAAAUGCCUGGACUACUGGAUGGAUUUUGUAGACAAACAGAGAUCCCAACAUUACUAUCUGAACUACUAUACAGCCGAGCAGAUUGUCUACCUGUGCAGUAACCUGACACAGCAAAAUGUGACCAAUGUGGAGGACCAAGCUCUCAUGAUGCUGUCUUUUGUCAGGCCAAAUUGCACAUCCUCAGACUUAAGGCAAGCAUGGCAUGCACGCCAGUAUGAGAUCCUCACCAAACCACAAGAGCGAAAUGAAGACAUUGAGUUUCAGACUUUUGUUGUGGUGCGAAGAAAUGAGCAAGGAGACCCAGACUUCACCAGCGAACUGGAUCCCCUGCCAAAUCUUGUGGAACAAACAAAUGGUUUGCAAAAAUUUGAUCUGAUAUGGAAUGCUUACAUGCAAGACAUGAAGAAUUUUCUCCCCCACAUUCUUGAUAUAAUAAGUCUUGGACGACUGUUGGAACUGCUGGCUAACAGAACAGACGGUAGUGAAGAAGAUGAUAGUGAAGCAGACAUUUCUGAUGAUAACAAUGGGAAUUUAAUAUGGAGGCAGCUGCCUCAAGGCCUGACCACUGGAAAUCCCAACCUCAUCAUUUGCCCGCACGAUGAGGUCCUGACAUCUUGCAUCUCCAUUUACAUGAGUAGUGAAAUCGAGACACUUCCCACCUAUGAUGAAGUCCUCCUGUGCAACUCCUCAACGCCAUAUGAACAGGUGGAGCUAUUCCUCAGGCGCUGUCUCAGCACAGGCUAUAGGGGACAGAAAAUAUACUGUCUCCUAUAUGGAGAUCUGCUCACCUAUGAUGUGAGCUCUAAACUUGAGAACUUUUUCAAGCGAAUGCAAAUGCAGAGCAAGAAGGACUACAGAUUUGUUAUCAUCUGCAGCUCGGAAAGAGAGCAUGCUUACCUUCCAUCAGCCUUCAGCCAGUACAGAUUGCACAUGGUUCCCCAGGAACCACUGGCGAGGAUCCAGAGGUACCUCCACAAACACUAUGUUGUCCCAGCAGAGCAGUGCAGUGCUGCAGCUGCAUUCAGAGACCGACUGUGUGUUGGUGUCGUGUCAUCCAAAAGGGCUGGUGUUGGUAAAUCUCUCUACAUCAAGAGGCUGUAUGAAAAACUGAAGCACUCAACCAAAAAGCCAUCAGGGAUGAAGUGCAUUCGCUUGAUUGAACCUAAUGUUGAUGAGAAUGUCGUCCUUCAAUCUCUGUUGGAGAGCCCCGAGACUCAAGAACUCACUAUGUUCCAUUUCGACAUCACAUCUUCGGUGCAGAAAGGCCUCCAUGAGUUUCUUUUCAAACUGUUGAUUCUGCGCUAUUUGAUGGAUUCUGAGGGAAAGAUGUGGAAGUGCAGCAACAAGCAUCUGUACGUCAUGGAGAUUUUAGAGCCAACUCUCAAGUCAACCAGAAGUGCUUCACGGCAGGCUCAAACUGUGAACAGCACAUUCAUAGACGUGUUCCCAAAUGUUUUCUGCCGCCCACCCAAAGAGGUGCUAAUGCUAGAGAUGAGAAAGCAAGAAGAUCCUACUAUUGUGAGUGCUGAUGACCCAUUGAUGGAUGAUGGAGAAUUCAGGAGUGCAGCCUUUCAGCGGCCAUAUCAGUAUCUCACACGGUUUCAUAACCAUGUUGAUCUUGAUGUGUUCACAUAUCAUGGUAUUGAAGGGUCACACGUGGAAUGUCUUCAGAUGCUUCUCAUGUACUGUGGUAUAAUGGACCCAUCCUGGGCAGAACUGAGAAAUUUUGCAUGGUUCCUUAACCUUCAGCUGCAAGACUGUGAGACAUCUGUUUUUUGUGAUUCCACUUUCACUGGAGACACGCUAACUGGAUUCAAAACGUUUGUGGUGGACUUCAUGAUUCUGAUGGCAAAGGACUUUGCCACUCCGUCACUCAGCAUCUCUGAUCAGAGUUCUGGCAGGCCGCAGAUGGACCUGACUGGUAUCAGAGAUGAAGACUUGGCUCCUUUUCUGAUCAGAAAGAGAUGGGAAACAGAACCACAUCCAUAUAUCUUCUUUAAUGAUGACCAUGUGUCCAUGACCUUCAUUGGUUUCCAUCUUCAGCCCAAUGAACACAACUCUGUCGAUGCCAUUGAGCCUACCUCCGGAAGGGUGAUUAAAAAGGAUGUCAUGACAAGGGCAUUGUAUGAAGGCCUAAUGCUACAGAGAGUCCCUUUCAACAUCGACUUUGAUCACCUACCAAGGGGGGAGAAAAUAGAGCGAAUCUGCAAUGUUCUUGGUAUACAGUGGCCUCUUGACCCUGAUGAAACAUAUGAGCUUACAACUGACAACAUACUGAAGAUGCUGGCAAUCCAUAUGCGGUUCAGGUGUGGUAUCCCUGUCAUUAUCAUGGGCGAGACAGGGUGUGGUAAGACCAGACUCAUCAAAUUCCUUUGCGAGCUGCGGAGGAGUGGAGUGGCUUCUCAGAACAUGAAGCUGGUCAAAGUGCACGGAGGGACAACUUCGGAGAUGAUUUACAACAAAGUCAGAGAGGCAGAAGACAUUGCUUCUAUUAACAAGCAAGACUAUGGAUUUGACUCUGUUCUCUUCUUUGAUGAGGCCAACACUACCGAGGCCAUCAGCAGUAUCAAGGAGAUCCUCUGUGACAAGACAGUCAAGGGAGAAAGUUUGAUACCCCACUGUGGACUGCAGAUUAUUGCAGCAUGCAAUCCUUAUCGAAAGCACACAGAUGAGAUGAUUCAGAGGUUAGAAUCUGCUGGCCUUGGUUACAGAGUACAGUCUGAAGAGACAGAUGAAAAGCUUGGAUCUAUCCCUCUCCGCCAGCUAGUGUACAGAGUUCAAGCAUUGCCACCAAGCAUGAUCCCUCUGGUGUGGGACUUUGGGCAGUUAAAUGAUCACACAGAGAAAAUAUACAUCCAGCAGAUUGUGCAAAGAGUGGUGGAAAACAAAGAAAUUGAUCAAAGUUACAUCAAGCAGAUCACUGAUGUCCUUUCAGCCUCUCAGAAGUAUAUGAGGACAAGAAACGACGAAUGCAGCUUUGUCAGCCUGAGAGAUGUAGAACGCUGUAUGCAGGCCUUUGUUUGGUUCUAUGUUCACCACGUCACAUUUUUCACAGAUCUUGAAGAGUUUGAGAGCAAACAAAAUGCAGACAAAAAUGAAAGACAUCACAGGCAGUCCGAGGUCAGGGACCCUGUUCUCUGGUCUCUCAUCAUGGCAAUUGGAGUGUGCUACCAUGCCUGCCUAGAAAACAAGGAUAAAUACAGACAGAAAAUCAGCAAAAGUCUACCAGCAGCAUACAGCCCAGCAAGAGUAAUGCAGGAAAUCUCACUCAUGCAGGAUUUACUUUUGAGUGGCGUGCCAAUGGGGGAUACUAUUGCAAGAAACAGUGCUCUCAAAGAGAAUGUCUUCAUGAUGGUUCUCUGCAUUGAGCUAAGAAUCCCCCUGUUCUUAGUUGGAAAACCUGGAAGUUCAAAAUCUCUGUCUAAAACUCUGGUGGCAGAUGCAAUGCAGGGCCAAGCUUCUCAUUCUGACCUCUACAAAAGACUGAAACAGAUCCAUUUGGUGUCCUUCCAGUGCAGCCCUCACUCAACACCAGAAGGCAUCAUUAAUACAUUCAAGCAAUGCGGACGCUUUCAGGAAGGAAAGAAUCUGGAUGAGUACAUUUCAGUUGUAGUUCUUGAUGAGAUUGGACUGGCUGAGGACUCUCCAAAGAUGCCACUGAAAACCCUUCACCCACUGCUAGAAGAGGGAUGCAUUGAUGAUGAGCCGCUGCCACACAAAAAGGUUGGAUUUAUUGGUAUCUCCAACUGGGCUUUAGAUCCUGCAAAGAUGAACAGAGGCAUUUUUGUCUCCCGCGGUGACCCCGAUGAGAGGGAACUGAUCGAGAGUGCCAAAGGCAUAUGCUCAUCUGAUGCAAUGGUUUUGGAAAAGGUCAGAGAUUUCUUCCAGCCCUUUGCACGAGCCUACUUGAACAUCUGCCGCAAACAAGGCAAAGGAUUUUUCGGCCUACGUGACUAUUACAGCUUGAUUAAGAUGAUUUUUGCAGUUGCCAAGUCUUCUCAGCGGAAGCCCACAGCAGAGGAAACUGCAAAGGCAGUGUUGAGAAAUUUCAGUGGCAAGGAUGAUGUGGAUGCAGUUACUGUGUUUACCAAAAGACUACAGAUUGCACCCAACCUGGAGAACAUCAGUGCCAUUGAGUUUGUGAGAGAAAACAUUCAGGCAGUUGGACAGGAAGAAGAAUGUCGGUACUUGCUGGUGUUAACAAAAAACUAUGCAGCCCUACAGAUCCUGCAGCAGACCUUCUUUUCAGAAACUGUUCAACCAGAAAUAAUCUUUGGAUCCAGCUUCCCAAAAGACCAAGAGUAUACCCAAAUUUGUCGCAACAUUAACAGAGUAAAGAUCUGCAUGGAGACAGGUCAAACAGUUGUCCUCCUUAACUUGCAGAACCUCUAUGAAAGUCUCUACGAUGCUCUCAACCAGUACUAUGUCUGCCUGGGAGGACAGAAGUAUGUUGACCUUGGACUGGGAACCCACCGUGUGAAAUGCAGGGUGCAUGAAGACUUUCGGCUAAUUGUCAUUGAGGAAAGAGAGGUGGUCUACAAACAGUUCCCAAUACCUCUGAUCAACAGGCUGGAGAAACACUACCUGGACAUCCACAAUGUCCUCAAAGCUGAGCAGAAGAGGAUGGUGGAUGAAUUGGAGAAUUGGGUGCGACUUUUUGUGUCUCUCAGCAGUCAACACCUAGCAGUGGCUCAGGCGUACAAGUACCAACCCCCAGACGUCUUCAUUGGCUACCACUCAGACACGUGUGCUUCUGUAAUUCUUCAAGUAAUAGAGAAACAAAAGGACAGCUUGGAAAUUUCAGAUCCUGAGAGGAGAUUACUUGACGAAGCCAAACUCAUACUGCUCAAAUGUGCUACACCGGACUCAGUGGUGCGGUUGGACUGCACAAGCCUUCCCAAAGUGGAGAGUGAACAUCUGGCCAGGGUGUACUUUGAAGAGCAGAAUAACAGCUGUUUGGCUGACUACAUACUUGCUCACACAAGGCAGGAACCAGAUUGCAGCGCCUCCUUCACAGAGGUGACAACAUUCUCCAGACUUUUGACAGCAUCUGACUUGGAACCACUGCAGCAAAUGUUGCAUAGUGUUGAGCUUCUCUCACUCCAGCAGUUUGACACAGAGCACUCCUUCCUGAAGAAGAUCAGGAAUUUCCUCACUGCUGAAAAUGGAGACGGUUACACUGGACCCCGCAACAAGAUCCUCAUCAUUCAGUGUGAUUUUGAUGAAACCUCUCACAGUGCCAAUCUUAUUGCAUCUGCAAAGUACUCCUCCAUAAAUGAAAUCAACAAAAUAACUCAGGAGAGCAUGGGAAGCAAGGCGUUUGUCUACUUCAUCACCAGACUACCAAGAAUGGAAGGGGGUACUUCCUACGUUGGCUUUCAUGGAGGACCCUGGAGAUCAGUUCACAUUGAUGACCUCAGACGGUCAAAAGACAUUGUUUCAGACAUCAAAGCCUUGCAAAACAUGACAAUCAGUCAAAUGUUUGAAACAAGGAGUCAGCCUGAGGCCAUGGAGGUGGAUGAUAUGUACACAGAGGAUAAACAGGAGGAAGCAGAGUUAGAGGAAAGUGGCCAGGACAAUGUUCUGGACACUACAGCAUUGCUGCGGAGCUGUGUACAAAGUGCCGUGGGCAUGCUGAGGGACCAGGUGGAAAGUGGCCUCCGCAGUACUCGGAGAGUUGAGAUCCUACUGACUCUCCUCAGCGACAAUGAUGAAAUAAAAGGUGAAUUUCUACAAACUGUGAAAAAUCAUCUUCACUCAUUGCUGGUGAUGCAUGAUGGAAACAUCCUCUCAUCCAUCAAAAGCAACUGGGUCAUUAAGGAGGCCUCAAACAUUGAUGCCUUGCAAGAAGGAGGCACCUUCCGGCACACCUUGUGGAAGCGUGUUCAAGCUGUGGUUGUCCCCCUCUUGGCACAACUGGUUUCAGUCAUUGACCGCGAUGGAAACUUGGAUAUCCUGCUAGACAGAGACUGCGGUGAAUCUGUUAAGAGGCUGUGGUUGGAUAUCUUCAGUAAUGAUAAGCUUCUAGAGAUCCCACACCUGACACUGGACCACAUCUCUGAGCAAAGAACAAUCCUUGUACAAAAUUACAUUGCCCACAACAAGAACAUGAGCUGUAGCAUGCCCUUCAGCUGGAGGAUCAAGGACUACCUGGAGGAACUCUGGGUUCAUGCGCUUCAACAUGAAGGUCACACUCAACGAGAGUUUGAUGAGUUCUUUUGGAAGACACCGCUGGGACGAUACAUUGCAAAAGCAGACCCAGAGAUGCAGACAGAGUUUUUUCACCGCUACAUUCAGGAUUUUAUCUCCAUGACAAUGAACGUGACAUGUCAGGAAGAUCUGCAGCUCCUAUGUCGUGCCUUGAAUUGUUGUGUCAAUGAGCUGCGGUUGCGGCUCGAUCACACUGAAAAAGUGGCAUCUCUUCCAUGGGUCCAUGCUGCUUAUCAUGAGUUCAAAAACCGGCUGCAGAACCUCUCCAGGAUGAUCUGCAUUGAGCCGCAGGUGACCCAGGACCUCAUAAGGAAUCCUCAUGACAGAGACGAGGUCGAACUGGUAUUCGAUGUGUAUGCUGCUUUUGCGUGUGUGGAGUACCUUGAGCCUGGAGUCCUGGACACAGAUGCCCAAAGAGAAGCCUGGCUCAAGAAGGUAAAAAAACUCCAGGUUCCCAUUGAGUUGAUCUGCUCAGAGGACAGCGUAAGACGCUAUGGAGAGAGGAGCAAGACAAUUGUAUGCAGGGUCCAAGCUGGAUGGAAUCGGAUAUUUUCUCUCUCUCUAUUUGUGGAGCACAUUUUGUUUGGCAUUGAGGAGGUGGAGAAGAAGCUGGCACCUCUAGUUUUGGAGCAUACGAAAGGACUUAGCCAGAUACUGGAAAAAAAUUCAGACCUCAAAACUCAGCAGUCAUUUGAAGCCGUUAUUGGUUUGCUCAAAACCUGCAAAGAUGGAGCUGUUGAAUGCAUAUUCAGGUUUGGUCUCACAAUGUGCCCAGUGUGUAUGGGAGACCCCCAAGAUCCGCUCUGCCUCCCAUGUGAACACAUCUACUGUGUGGCCUGUAUCAAACGAUGGUUGGGCCCCGGUCAGAUGUACUGUCCGCUCUGCAUGCAGCCAGUUGAAGACGACUUCUCCAUGGUUCCUUCAGAUUCCAUAAAGAUCCUCAUUGGCCAACAUGCUCAAUUCAGGAAGCAGUGCAAUGAUUUCUUCAUAGACCUUGUGUCUACGGUGUGUUUCAAGGACAACUCUCCCCCCUGUUCAGCUGUCAUACUUCAUUUGCUGUCAUUUCUCAUGGUGGAGGCCAACACUGUUCCCAUUCUUGGAGGUAAUCGACAAAUUCUGACAAAGGUGCUCUCUCCAUUUGAUGACUCCGUGGAUAAAAAUCCAGUGAUUCGGUCAGUAGUACUCAAACUCCUGCUGAAGUACAGCUUUGAUAAGGUCAAAGGUUACCUGCAGAGCCAUCUGGAGGCAGUUGAGCAGAGCAACAUCUUGGAGCACACGGACAAAACUGAACUCUACUGCUUGUACAUUAACUGUCUGGAGGAUUCCAUGUUUGAGAGGUUGCAGUUCAGGUCCAUUGCAGACCAGCAGGUGUGUCUGCAAGAUGAAAGUGCCUUCCUGACUGACUACCUGCAAUCACAUGGUCAGUCUGCUGAAACAGCCACGGUAGAGUACCUGCAGCAGGUGGCCAGAGUGCGUAUGGACCUGGGCAUGGCCGCUAGCCUCGUCGUGAGAAAACUGAGAGCCAAUGAGUCCCAGAAAGGUGGCCACAGUUUUACCACAUCCUUCCUGACCAGUGUGAUGAACUUGUGCAAGCACAGUGGAAACGACUGGUAUCGUGUCUACUUGAUCCGUAAGAUCUGCAGCCAACAUGGAGUGGAUUUUGUUAUGAAACUCCGCGAAGGGGAUCAGAUGCACUGGCUCUUCCCUGAAGAAGCUCUGCAAGAGAGUGAAGAAGCCACCAAAAUAGACCAGUAUCUUGUGUGUGGGGAAGACUACAAGACUAUCAGAAAUGCCCUUGCAAGGGGGUUGUUGGAAAGCAAAGUGGAUGGACUGGAUGAGACUUGUGAGGGCUGCCGAUGCUUGCCACAGUGGAAAACAGUUUAUCUUCUGUUGGCACUGUACAGAGAAGUCACCACUCUCUACAGAGAAGCCAAUGCUAGCUUCCAUCCUAAGCCUGAGCAACUACAAGCCCUGACGACCUACAUCGAGACCUCUAAAUUCCUUGGUAGCCCAGAGGUGAAGGCCUUUGCUGUGGCUCUGGUGACCAACCAGCUUGGGCUGUUGGCUGUUCGUCCGGGGGCUUCUAGUGCCCAGUGUGUGUUGGUGGACUUAACGAUUCACCUCUCUGCUGUCUUGCUCUGUGGGAACCAGGGGAUCUUAGCUCCCCUCCAGCAACUGGCAAAGGCACCUGCCAACAUGCAGGCCGCCUUCUUGCCCACCAUGCCAGAGGAUAUGUUAGCAGUGGCUCAGCAAGCUCUGGGACAGUUGCAGUGGUACUAUUGUCCAAAUCGUCACCUCUGCACCAUUGGAGAGUGUGGUCGGCCCAUGGAAAAAAGUCGUUGUUUGGACUGUGGUGUUGAGAUUGGAGGAUUGGACCAUAUGCCUGUGCAGGGAUUUCAAGCUGUUCCCUUGCAGGGUGACCGUACCCAGAUGGGCCACAUCCUCGGUGACCCAGGUCGCAGGGAUAAACCAGACAUGCUGGACACAAAGAGCCUUUCCCCAUUUCCGUUCACCGCUGUGCGCAUGCUCACUCACAUGGCCAUGUUGAUCGGUGCCUGCAAUGACCCACAGUCUAUCUCUGCCAUCAUCAAGCCUCCAGUCCCUGAACCACGAGCAUUCCUUCUUGCUCACCUGCAAGAGGACCUGAAAUAUCUAAUCAGAUCUCUGGGCAAGGGGACAGACGACACGGUCAGCGCUGUUCACCUGCUCAUCAGCAGCCUCCUGGAACCUCACCAGCAUCAAAAAUGGCCUGUUCCUUAUGACAAUCAGCUCUCCACCAAAGAGGCUAGAAAUGGAUGGGAGAUGGAAGUGAGCAAUGCCAUCAUCAUACCUCAGCUGAAGCAAUUGGACAGACAGCUAAAGGAAGUGAACACAUUCAUCCGGGCUGACUCUCGCAUCUCUGCCAAUCCAAUCAUGAAGCUCAUGUUUGGCGAUGCUCGGCUCUUCUUGGCCUCACUUCCACAAAAUUCCCUGAUCCAUACUUCUGCCGUGUGGAGCUGCAGGGAGAAAGUGUCUCUCCUGACCCUCGCCCAUAUUGUAGAGCAGAGUGAUGGCAAAGACACCGUGCCUGUACUGUGGAGAUUUCUGCAUAGGGAAGCAGAGCUCCGACUGGUGAAGCACCUUCCUGACAUCCUCACACUCCAAAGGGAUCUUGUCAAGAAGUUUCAAAACAUCGCUGAGCUGACUUGUGGCACCAUUUCUGAAUUCCUCCUCAGUCAGAAAUCAGCUUCGCUGAAAACCUGGUAUGAGAAAUACAUCAAAAUCUUCCUGACAACCUGGAAUCAGCUCAGAGUGUCUCUGGCAACCAACGGUGAAAUUAAGAUUCCAGCUGAGUUCUGCCAGAAGGACCUGGACCUCAACACUGACUUCAGGGUGCUGUUACCACGGCGACAAGGCCCAGGCCUGUGUUCGACAGCUCUUGUCAGCUACCUCAUCGCCCUGCACAAUGACCUGGUGUACUGUGUGGAUAAACACACUGGAGAGGAGACCAGCUACAAAGUGAGCCCUGCAGAUCUGACAGACCUGCAUGUGAUUCGGUAUGAGGUGGACAGGGACAUGAUGCCCCUAGUUCUCUCCAACAUCCAGUACAGCAUCGAGAGAGGCCAGGAGACCCUUCAUGAGUAUGACUUGCCCAAGAUCCAGCAGCAGAUUGUGACCCGUUUCCUGCUGGGCAAACCUCUUAUCACUCUCAAUGGCAUUCCAACACUUGUGAACAGACAUGAACGCAACUAUGAGAUUAUCCUGAAGGAUAUAAAAGCAAAAGUAAAGCAGGAGCCUCUUCAGAUUCUCAUCCUGUUUGCUGUGGCUGGUGAGCUGCAUUCCUACAGUGAGGUGUGUGAGGCCUUGUCCACACUGGAAGUGGCCCUCGGUUUCCUUGCCAUGACUGGGGGAGAACCUCACAUGCAGCUGUCCUGCUACCUGGAGGAGGUUCUGCAGAUGGGAAACCAGAUGGCUCCGCAUAUCCUCAAGACCUUGAGCAUGUGCUGUCUAAGGCAUUGUGUGGCACUGUGGCAGCUGCUGGCCUCACUCAAGUCAGAAAAUAUGCUUCGGCUCAAGAAGGAUCCAUUUGUGGGAGUUUCAGAACAGUACAGACAGGCUCUGGGUGAGGAAGAGCGCAGGCUCCUGACUGGCUUCUUCUCUCAAAGCAGUGCUGACACUUUCCUGCUGGAGAUGCACGAGUUCCUGGUGCUGGUCCUUAAAAAGCCUAACGCAAUUGAUACCUACAAGCCUGACUGGGGCUUGAAAAUCACACUGGUGUCUUACAUGGAACACAAAGACCUUGACAUCCCCACUGAUGUGCAAGAGAUCUUCCCAGAUGAGAUCUGCCUGUCCCAUUAUGUUGAAGCCUGGAAGUUCAUCGUCGCCUUCAAGCAGGAGCGUGGUCAGAGACAGUGAAGAUGAGAUGAAAGCGCUGAUUUUUUUUUUUCUGCCUUCUUCAUGUGGUAUCAUUAAAUCCUUCAGAUGAUGUUUACAAUCUUGACAAACUGAAGCGGUAUGUAUAUGUGAUAUGUUCCGUACUUUACGAGCAUUUAUGCAGAGGAGAUGUGCCUUAUAAAGAGCACUGAUAUUAAGCUUCGUAAUGCAACAUAAUAAAAGUAUUGUUCAUGUUUAAAUCUCACCUAUAUGAAGAUGUGAACUUUUUAUUUCAUUUAUUCUUUUUGGGUUAUCUUGUUUUGUAUUAUUUUCGAUUUUCUUAAGCAUCAGCAUGUACAGAGACUCCUUCCACCUGAAAAGUCUCUUUGUUUGCACUCUGUUGUAAUGUGAAUUGUCUGUCUGAAAAGGCAGAAAAAAAAUCAGAAUUCUACUCAGGUACAAAGUGUGGAAUAACUGACCUAAAUCACAUUGUUUUGUCCCAUAAAUUUUUUGUAUCGUAUCGUUCUUCUACUUUUUAGAUUUGUUCUAAGGCAAUACAACAAUUUCUUUUACAUUCCAGUUUAGAUUUUUUUUUGUCAUUUCAUUUUCUUUUUCUUUGAUCAGCACAUUCACAGAGGGCUUGGUAAAGAAAUUUCUUUUAAUAAAGUAUUAAUAUCA